UGUCAGAUUUCCUAUAUCUUACUUUUUGUGUUUGUUUUAGUCCUAAAGUGAAAAUCCGCAUGUUUGGUGCAUUUCAAAACAAGGAUAAUGGCAUCUUGUAAGAAGUUACUAUCCUCAACUCAUUUCCGACCCCUCCCAUCAUCUGUCCUAAACUCUCUUCGCUACAUCCAAUUGGACACACCCUUUAACCCCAAAGACUUGAAAGGUUUAACCACCGAUCUCAUCAAGUCCUAUUUCGAUAAAGGCUCAAUCGAAGAAGCACGCUCACUGUUCGACGAAAUGCCCCAGAGAGAUGUUAUUGCCUGGACGGUCAUGAUCACUGGCUACACUUCCUGCAAUCACCACAAACGUGCGUGGAAUGUGUUUUCUAAUAUGCUCAGAGAUGGAGUGAAGCCCAAUGCUUUCACUGUUUCUGCUGUUUUGAAGGCUUGUAAAAGUUUGAAAGCUCUUUCGUGUGGUGAAUUAGUUCAUGGGUUGGCUAUCAAGAUUGGUACUCAAGGGUCGUCUAUAUAUGUUGAUAAUGCACUCAUGGAUAUGUAUGCCACUUGCUGUGAUAACAUGGAUAAUGCUAGACUGGUUUUUGAGGAUAUCGUAACCAAAAAUGCUGUCUCUUGGACUACUUUGAUCACUGGGUAUACUCAUAGACGUGAUUCCUAUGGUGGUCUUCGAGUUUUUCGCCAAAUGUUUAUGGAGGGAGGAGAACUGAGUCCCUUCAGCUUUUCAAUUGCAGUUAGUGCUUGUGCGUCGAUUGGCUCAAGUAAUUUGGGUAAGCAGGUACAUGCUGCAGUGAUUAAUCAUGGAUUUGAGUCAAAUCUUCCUGUCAUGAAUUCCAUACUCGACAUGUAUUGCAGGUGCCGUUGCGCAUCUGAGGCAAAACAAGUAUUCGGUGAAAUGACUCAGAAAGAUACGAUCACGUGGAAUACUUUGAUAGCUGGAUUUCAAACACUGGAUUCUAAAGAGUCUCUCUGCAUAUUUUCACAAAUGGUGUCAGAAGGUGUUAGUCCGAAUUGCUUCACAUUUACUAGUGUUAUAGCUGCAUGUGCAAACUUAGCAAUUCUGUAUUGCGGGCAACAGCUUCACGGUGGAAUCACUCAUAGAGGCCUUGAUAACAACUUGGAAUUAUCCAAUGCCCUUAUAGAUAUGUAUGCUAAGUGUGGAAAUGUAGAUGAUUCACAUAAAAUAUUUAGUGGAAUGCCGCACACAAAUUUGGUUUCAUGGACUUCCAUGAUGAUUGGAUAUGGUGCUCAUGGACAUGGAAAUGAGGUUGUUGAGUUAUUCAAUGAGAUGGUUAGAUCAGGUAUUAAACCUGAUAAGAUAGUGUUCAUGGCAGUUCUGAGUGCUUGUAGCCAUGCCGGAUUAGUGGAUGAAGGCCUUAAAUAUUUUAAAUUAAUGACUAACUAUUAUAAUGUUGCACCCGAUCAAGAGAUAUAUGCGUGUGUGGUGGAUUUGCUUGGUCGUGCAGGAAGGGUAAAAGAAGCUUAUGAACUAAUAGAGAAUAUGCCAUUUAUGCCAGAUGAAUCUAUAUGGGUAGCCCUUCUUGGAGCUUGUAAAAAACACAAACAACCAAGUAUGGGGAAAUUAGCAGCUUUGAAGGUUUUGGAUAUGAAACCAAAUAAGGCGGGAACUUAUGUGUUGUUAUCGAAUAUUUAUGCUGCUGAAGGUAACUGGGCUGAUUUUGCGAGUUUGAGGAAGCUUAUGAGAAGUACUAUAAGUAAGAAAGAGGUGGGGAGGAGCUGGAUUGAAUUGAAAAAUCAGGUUUACAGUUUUGCUGUUGGAGAUAGAUUUGUUUCUUCGAAUGAGGAGGUGUGUGAAGUUCUGGAAUCGUUGGUUAAACAUAUGAAACAAGUAGGAUAUGUACUUGAUUUAGAUUGCUUUGUACAUGACUUGGAAGAUGAGACUUGAAUAUUUAGAAGCUGGAAAUAUCAUCUUAUUUAUGAAUGCUUCAUAAACCAAUACAAUUUAUUAUACAAGCAUUAAUUACUACAGAACAUGAUAUUUCAAAUCUGUACAAGCCUCUUAUUAAUAAACCAAUACAAAAACGUUAUAUUC